AUUCUCAUUAUUCUGUUGUAUCCCAGACAUUGUUGACAAUAUUGUCAAUGAUAUAAUAAAAAAGUUUACAUUUAUCAUAAUAAUUUACUUGCAAUUUUUGCUGAUUUAGUAAAAUUAUAAAACUCUACUAUGUUAAUUAAAUUUUAAAUUUUGCAAAAAUAAGAAAAUGAUUGUUAUAUUUAAUCCGUGAUAAUAUUUCAAUCAUUGUUUUUUAUAACCUAAAAGUUUAUUUCAAUUUUGGGUGAAUUUUAUAUUUACAUACCAAAGAAAUUGAAAUUAAAAAAAAAAAAAGUAAUAAUGGUUGAAGAAGUUGUGAAUACAAAUAACAAGCCAAAGGUCAAAACAGCGAGACCGCGUCCAGUUUAUUUGUGGAAUGUUUUGGAUGUACAAAAAUGGUUAAGGCGACAUUGCAGUGAUUAUUAUCAAUUAUAUCAUGAAAAUUUUUUAUAUCAUGACAUAACUGGAAGAGCUCUUCUAAGAAUAAAUGAGAAUAUUUUACUUCGUUUGGGAAUCGAUAAUCAACAACAUAGAAUGGAUAUUUGGAGAGAAAUUAUGAAAUUACAUCUAAAAACCGAUAUUCUUGAAAUUAGAGAUAUUGAACGUCGAAAUAACAUGCAAUAUGAUUAAUGUUGAUUUAAUAUUUAAUAAUUAUUAUUUAUUAGUAUAGAAAUAUAUAAUAAUUAUUUUUAAUCUGUACAUAAAAAAUAUAUUUUAUGACUGAAUUUGAUAUUAAUAAAAAAAAAAAAAUUCACAAAAA